AUGUAUCAAGAUUUGGCUUUGUACACGUUCGCCGAGUAUGAGGAUUUGUUUCGUAAUGAUGGAAUCGUUAAAAAUUUAGAAACAUUUGUAUCCUUAAAUUUGGAACCGUUAACGUCUGCUAAAUAUACAACAACGUUGAAUACACAUGAUAAUAUUAUGAAAAGUACUGGAAAGAGUUUGCUUGAAGAACAAAAAAGUUUGGAAGCAGCGAAGGUGAUUAAUUGGUGUGAUAAAGUAAAGCCAUUGUAUUCUCUACGUACAACUGGAAAAGGGAAUUGCUUAAUGAGUGCCUGGUCAAUUUAUAUGAUUGGUAUUCAAGAUAGUAGUAUGAAGUUUUGUAGUCAUUUAUCGCAAUAUAUGGGAACAAAUCAAACUGCUCUUUAUGAUCGAUUCAAAUAUACAAGCAUUGCAUUUGGUAAGAAAUUAAAUUUACAUUUAGAAACCGAAGAUCAUGUUCUAGAAGAAUCUAUACAGCCAAAAAUGUUGGAGGUUAGCACAAGUUGGUAUAAAAAAAGCCCUGAUCCCUAA